GACUCAAGGCAUUCCCCCCAUCGGCCAGACUUGACUGGGGCUGAUAUCACCGUAGCUCUCAUAUCGCCGGGCUGCCUGCAUCUUAUUGUCUUGCCGAGACGUCAACAGCUGAGUAACUCUAGGGGAAGCCCGGCCCCCGACCUGCAGCCAUGGGGGACGAUAGUGAGUGGAUGAAGCUUCCCAUCGACCAGAAAUGUGAACAUAAGGUGUGGAAAGCCAGACUUAACGGUUAUGAAGAAGCUUUGAAGUUGUUCCAGAAGAUAGAGGAUGAGAAGAGUCCGGAGUGGAGCAAGUACCUGGGGCUGAUCAAGAGGUUUGUCACAGACUCCAAUGCUGUGGCCCAGCUCAAAGGCCUGGAAGCGGCCUUGGCCUUCAUUGAGAAUGCUCACGUGGCUGGCAAGACGGCGGGUGAGGUGGUGUCGGGCGUCGUCACCAAAGUGUUCAACCAGCCGAAGGCCCGGGCCAAAGAGCUGGGCAUGGACAUCUGCCUCAUGUACAUCGAGAUGGAGAAGAACGAGGUGGUUCAGGACGAGCUGCUCAAAGGGCUGGACAACAAGAACCCCAAGAUAGUGGUGGCGUGCAUCGAGACGCUCAGGAAGGCUCUGAGUGAGUUUGGAUCGAAAAUAGUGACAUUGAAGCCCGUGGUGAAGGUUUUACCCAAACAGUUUGAGUCCAGAGAGAAGGCUGUGAGGGAGGAGGCCAAGCUGCUCGCUAUAGAAAUCUACAAAUGGAUCAGAGACGCUCUGAGGCCGCCGCUGCAGAAUAUUAACUCUGUUCAGCUCAAAGAGCUGGAGGAGGAGUGGGUGAAGCUGCCUCCUGCCCCUCCCAAGCAGUCCAGGUUCCUGCGCUCUCAGCAGGACCUGAAGGCAAAGUUUGAGCAGCAACAAGCUCAAGGAGAUCAGUCUGAUGGAGACGAAGAGGAGGAAACGGUCGCAGCUGUGGAUCCGUACGAUCUGCUGGAACCUGUGGAGAUUCUGUCAAAGAUGCCCAAAGACUUCUAUGAUAAAAUCGAAGCUAAAAAGUGGCAGGAAAGGAAAGAAGCUCUCGAAGCUGUCGAAGUGUUGAUAAAGAACCCCAAACUGGAGAACGGCGACUACGGAGAUCUGGUCCGAGCCCUGAAGAAGGUUGUGGGAAAAGAUGCGAAUGUGAUGCUGGUGUCACUGGCAGCCAAAUGUCUGGCUGGAUUGGCCUCUGGUCUCAGGAAGAAGUUUGGCACCUACGCAGGACAAGUUGUUCCAACGAUCCUGGAGAAGUUUAAGGAGAAGAAGCCACAGGUUGUCCAGGCCCUGCAGGAGGCCAUCGAUGCCAUUUUCCUCACUACGACUCUGCAGAACCUUUCGGAGGACAUCCUGGGCGUGAUGGACAAUAAGAACCCGUCCAUUAAGCAGCAGGCCUCUUUGUUUUUGGCCCGGUCGUUCCGACACUGCACACAGGCCACGCUGCCAAAGAGCGUCCUCAAGCCUUUCUGUGCCGCCCUCAUCAAGCAAGUGAACGACUCGGCUCCUGAGGUCCGUGAUGCUGCCUUCGAAGCUCUGGGGACGGCCAUGAAGGUGGUUGGAGAAAAAGCCGUGAACCCUUUCCUUGCUGACUUGGAUAAACUCAAACUAGACAAGAUCAAGGAGUCAGCUGAUAAAGUGGAGCUCGCCGGAGGUAAAAAAGGCGGAGGAGCAGAGAAGAAAUCGGCAGCCAAAGCUGCUCCUCCAGCUGAAGCUCCUUCCAAAUCCUCAGCUCCUCCAAAGAAGACCCAAACUGCUGCAGCCAGCAAGCCGUCAGCUGGUCCGCCUAGAAAGGGGAAACCAGCAUCAGCAGGAAAAGCCAAGAAGACUUCAGAAAGCAAAGAAAUCACUGAGACCGAACUCUCUGUUGAGGUGUGUGAGGAGCUGGCGGCAGGUGUACUUCCUGCUUCCUGUCUGCAGCUGCUGGACUCGAGCAACUGGAAGGAGAGGCUGGCCAGUAUGGAGGAGUUCCAGAGGGGUGUGGAGACCAUGGAUGCGGCCGCGAUGCCCUGCCAGGCAUUAGUUCGCAUGUUGGCCAAGAAACCGGGUUGGAAGGAGACAAACUUUCAGGUGAUGCAGAUGAAGCUGCACGUCGUGGCUCUCGUGGCUCAGAGAGGAACGUUCUCAAAGACGUCGGCCUCUGUGGUUUUAGACGGCUUGGUGGAUAAGAUCGGAGACGUGAAGUGCGGCGGCAACGCCAAGGCGGCGCUGACGGCGAUCGGAGAGACGUGCUCGCUGCCCUGGACCGCGGAGCAGGUCGUCUCCUUGGCGUUUGCGCAGAAGAACCCCAAAACCCAGGCGGAGACGCUCAACUGGCUGGCUAAUGCCAUGAAGGAGUUUGGAUUUGCUGGCAUCAAUGUGAAAGGAUUCAUCAAUAACGUGAAGACCGCUCUGGGAGCGACCAACCCGGCCGUGCGGACGGCAGCCAUCACCCUGCUGGGAGUCAUGUACCUCUACAUGGGGCAGCCGCUGAGGAUGUUCUUUGAAGACGAGAAGCCGGCUCUCCUCGCUCAGAUAGACGCAGAGUUCGAAAAGAUGCAGGGUCAGUCUCCUCCUGCUCCCAUCAGAUGCACCAAGAAGGCUUCAGCCGAGGACGAAGGAGACGAGGGCGCGGAGCAGGACGAAGAUGGAGGAGCAGCGGGGCAGGACGUUAUGGACUUGCUGCCCCGCUCUGAUAUCGGUGACAAAAUCACAUCUGACCUGGUGUCUAAAAUUGGAGACAAGAACUGGAAGGUGAGGAAGGAGGGUCUGGAUGAGGCUGCAGCCAUCAUCUCCGAGGCCAAAUUUAUCACAGCCAACAUCGGAGAGCUUCCUCAUGCUCUGAAGGGCCGACUCUGCGACUCCAACAAGAUCCUGGUCCAGCAGACCCUCAGCAUUCUGCAGCAGCUGGCUACAGCCAUGGGACCUGGACUCAAACAGCAUGUGAAGUCCCUGGGAUUUCCCAUCAUCACCGUUCUGGGCGACAGCAAGCUGAACCUGAGGACGGCUGCCAUGGCCACCCUGCUGGCCUGGGUGGAGCAGACGGGGAUGAAGGACUGGCUGGAAGGGGAAGAUCUGUCUGAUGAGCUGAAGAGGGAGAAUCCCUUCCUGCGACAGGAGGUGCUCGGCUGGCUGGCGGAGAAGCUGCCCACUCUCAGGACGGUCCCCGGCGACCUGAUGCUGUGCGUCCCUCAGCUGUUCGCCUGCCUGGAGGACCGAAACGCGGACGUGAGGAAGAAGGCUCAGGACGCCUUGCCGACCUUCAUGAUGCAUCUGAGCUACGAGAAGAUGGUCAAAGCAGCAGGAAAGCUCAAACCUGCCUCAAAGGAUCAGGUGGUAGCCAUGUUGGAAAAGGCCAGAGCCGUGAUGCCGGCUAAACCUGCAGCGCCGGCCAAAGCAGGAGGAAAAGGCUCCGCAGAGCCAAGCAGAGCUCCGUCAGCCUCCAGGUCAGCGGCAGCCGGCGAGGAUUUCGCUGACACCAAACCCGAAGCUAAGAAAGUCAGAGGAGGAGGAGGAGCUGCUAAGAAGCCACCUUCCCCCUCUGAGGAAGCUCCCCCUCCCUCCAAGGAAAAGGAGUGUAAUGGUAGCAAAAAGCCCCCCGUCAAAGGGAAGGCUGCUGCUGGCAGCCAACAGGCUCCGGCUGGAAAGAAACCUGCUACCAAAGCCCCUAAAGAUGAGGAGGACCGGACCGGGCCCAUCUUCAUCCUUGUCCCCAACGCCAAGGAGCAGAGGAUCAAAGAGGAGAAGCAGCUGAAGAUCCUGAAGUGGAACUUCAUCACGCCGCGGGACGAAUACGUGGAGCAGCUGAAGACUCAGAUGUCCACCUGUUUUGCCAAGUGGCUCCUGGACGAGCUCUUUCACUUUGACUUCCAGAGGCACGUGAAGGCCAUCGGAGUCAUGAUCGAGAGGUUGAAUAGCGAAAGCGACGCAACCAUCGGCUGUCUGGACCUCAUCCUGAAGUGGUUCACGCUUCGCUUCUUUGAGACAAACACCACGAUCCUGAUGAAGGUUCUGGAGUAUCUGAAGCUGCUGUUCACGAUGCUGCAGAAGGAGGACUACCACCUGACGGAGUAUGAAGCAACCUCCUUCGUCCCCUACCUGAUACUGAAGGUCGGAGAACCAAAAGAUGUUGUUCGUAAAGACGUCCGCGCCAUCCUCGCCAUGCUGUGCAAAGUUUAUCCAGCGUCCAAGCUGUUCCCGUUCCUCAUGGAGGGAACCAAGUCUAAGAACUCCAAGCAGAGAGCUGAGUGUUUGGAGGAGCUGGGCUGUCUGAUUGAGGGUUAUGGGAUGAUUGUGUGCCAGCCGACUCCAGCCAAGUGCCUAAAGGACAUAGCUGUCCACAUCGGAGACAGGGACACGUCGGUCCGAAACGCUGCGCUGAACACCGUGGUGGCCGCCUACAACGUCUGCGGCGACCAAGUCUACAAGCUCAUUGGAAACCUAUCAGAGAAAGACCUGAGCAUGCUGGAGGAGAGGAUCAAACGCUCGGCAAAGAAGACGCCUGCAGCUCCGGCUAAGCAGAGCGCCACCGAGAAGACGCAGAGGGAACACCCGACAAACCCCAGCGCCACCUUCCUCCGUAAGCCAGCGCAGGAAGACCCUGGGAAGCUCAAAAUAAUGUAUCGCACGUAUAGGAUUCAGUCCCGUCAGAACGCCCAGCACAGCGACCACCCGUCCAUCCCCAAGGAGUUCCAGUUGGACCUGGACAUGAUCGAGACAGACAAGAGCAGUGUGUGCGAGCUGCCGGACCUGGUCCAACACAAGCUGGACGAGCUGCUGGAGCCGCUUGUGAUCCCGGAGCCAAAGAUCCGCUCGGUCUCGCCACAUUUCGACGACCUUCACAGCAGCACGGCCUCCACCAUCAACUUCGUCAUCUCUCAGGUGGCGAGCGGUGACAUCGGCACCAGCAUCCAGGCGCUCGCUCAGAUCGACGAGGUUCUGCGGCAGGAGGACAAGGCGGACGUCAUGUCUGGACACAUCGACCAGCUGCUCAUCGCCACCAUCAUGCAGCUGAGGCUCAUCAACAGCACGCACCUAGCAGACGACCGCGUGGACAAGCGGGACCUCAUCAAGCUGUACAGCUGCAUCAUGGGAAACAUGCUGUCUCUCUUCUCCAUGGAGGCUCUGGCCAGGGAGGCGUCGAUGGGCGUGCUGAAGGACCUGAUGCACAGCCUGAUCACGCUGAUGCUGGACAGCAGAGUGGAGGACGUGGAGGACGGGACGCAGGUCAUCCGGUCCGUCAACCUACUGGUGAUCCGGGUCCUGGAGCACUCUGACCAGACCAACAUGUUCAGCGCCCUGCUGGUUCUGCUUCAGGACACGUUGGUCUCGACGGCCGGUUCCCCUAAAGUCUCCGAACUCGUAAUGAAGUGUCUGUGGAGGAUGAUCCGCUUCCUCCCAGAGACCAUCAACAGCCUCAACCUGGACCGGAUCCUGCUGGACGUCCACAACUUCAUGAAGGUUUUCCCGAAGGAGAAGCUGAAGCAGCUGAAGACCGACGUUCCCCACCGGACCCUGAAGACCCUCUGCCACACGCUGUGCAAGCUCACCGGGGCCAAGAUUCUGGACCAUCUGUCCAUGAUAGAAAACCGCAACGAGUCAGAGUUGGAGGCCUUCCUGAGGCGAGCCGUCAAGCACACGGGAAACCUGUCGGGCACGAAGAGCGACCGCGGCACAGAGAAGACCGCCCACGGCACGGACGACCGCAUGUCCAAGGCGAAGGUCAGCGACAUCCUGUCUGAGAUUUUUAAGAAGAUCGGCUCCAAGGAGAACACUAAAGAGGGUCUGACGGAGCUUUACGAGUACAAGCAGAAGUACUCUGAUGCAGAUCUGGAGCCUUUCCUGAGAAACACGUCACAGUUCUUCCAGAGCUACGUGGAGAGGGGCCUACGGGUGAUCGAGUCCGAGCGGGAGGGCAAACCUCGGAUCCAGAGCACCACAGUGAUCCCUCAGCACGGCGUCGACUCCAGCGUCAGCAGCAGCAACAACGAAGAGCUGAAACCUGCCGUUUACUACGAGAGGCUGAAGAUCCUCCGGCAGAGACAAGGCCUGGAAAACACGUCCAGGGGUCUCGGAGGCAACGGGGACGAGCCUCCGCAGCGGCCGGCCAUCUCCCUGCUGUCCUCCAAGCCGUCGGUGGCCUCGUCCACGGACAUGCUCCACAGCAAGCUGUCGCAGCUCAAGGAGUCCCGGGAGCUGUACCAGCAGGAGCACAACACUCACUCCAGCUCGCCCACGCGCUCCCACACCCGCUCCGCCUCGCCCGCCGCCAACCUGGACGACCUGAAGAAACGUCUGGAGCGGAUUAAAAGCAACAGGCAGUGAGGCGGGCCCCUCCCCCCCCCCCCCCCCCGUUUCUGCUCGGACCGAAGGAAGGCGGACGUCCUCCGCGCCUCACAUGCAGGCUGACUCCGCCCACUGUGCCUGUGUGACGACGCCACUAAACCAACGCACCCAGUCUCUGUAUUAUAGUCGCGACCUGAUGCUCCUGUCUCUAACCCGUCAUCAGUGUGUAAAUAUUUAACCUUGCUCUCUCACGGCGCCCUCUGCAGGUGGGUUUAGGCAGCAUCAGGCUGUAGAUACUCCUCAUCUGUCCAGCAGUAAGAGCACAGAGCCGACCCGCAGAUCCAUCCUGGUUCCGACCUGCUCCAUCUUUGUUUGCUUUGAAGAGCAUGGCAUGUCUGUGGCUGUUUUUAUGUUUGUGUAAAUAAAGUUUGUUUUAAUAAAACUGCAGUCCGUUGAUGGGGAGCCUGUGACUCAUCUGUUCAGUGACGGGAACAAAUAACCCAGUUUUUGUAUUUAAUUGAGCCCCCCUCCCCCGAACUGCAGCCAUCUCUCAGUUGCUGUCAUUGUAUAAUCCAUUGUGGAAAAAACUUAAUAAAAUCUUUUUUUUAACACUU